AUGAGGCUUCAUUAUCUUCUAACUGUUUUCAAUCCUGUCUUUGUCACAGCAACCUGCUUAACCUCCUCAGCAUCCCCAAUCAUAAACACGACCCUCGGCCAACUCCAAGGCACAACCUCUCCCUACCGAUCAGACAUCACAGUCUUCAAAGGCAUUCCCUACGCCACACCACCCACCGGAUCCCUCCGCUGGAAAGCACCUCUCCCAGUAACUCCAUGGACCGGUAUCAAGAACGCGAGUACCUUCGGUGCAGAAUGUGCUCAGAUGGUAUCGCCAACCGCAUCGAUCUUCGGUUCGGCAAACGCCACCGUCUCUGAAGACUGCCUCUACAUGAACAUCUGGAAACCUCAAAACGCGACGGGUCUCUCGAAACUACCAGUCUAUGUGUGGAUUUACGGCGGGAGAUUCACGGGUGGUGGGGGAGAUGUGCUUACGUAUGAUGGCUCGGGACUUGCGUCCAAGGAUAUCAUUGUGGUCACGUUUAACUACAGGAUGGGUCCGUUUGGAUUCCUCGCCCAUCCGGAUCUGGCUGCUGAGACUGCUACGAAUAGCUCGGGAAAUUAUGGAUUACUCGAUAUGAUGGCCGCCUUGAGUUGGGUGCAGACUAAUAUUGCAGCCUUCGGAGGCGAUUCGGGAAGAGUGACUGUUGGUGGACAGUCAGCCGGUUCGGCGAGUGCUUUGGAUAUGAUGUAUAGUCCUCUGUCAAAAAACUUAAUCCAUGGUGUUAUUGCGGAGAGUGGUGCGAGAGGGCCUCAUGAUCCUGAGACUGCUGGCCUCGCAACAUCCUACCGCCAACUCUCAGCCGCCUACGACGACGGCAUUGCUCUACUCACCAAAUUGAACGUAACAUCAAUUUCUGAGCUCCGAAAUGUAUCCAUGGCAGUCCUCCUGACCGUCGACAACGACUCCGACCCUCUCUACGCCAACACCCGCUUCGCCAAUAUCUCCUCCUUCAUGAAUCCCCCUGCGUGGCGCCCAGUAAUCGACAACUACGUCCUCAUCUCCAGCUACGCCGAAGCACUUCUCAGCAACUCCCACGCCGACGUUCCCAUCCUAACCGGCAACAAUGCCGACGAAUCCGGCGCAUCUCCCGAACCAGACCUCACACUCGCAACCUACACCUCACAAUUCACAACCAUGUUCGGCAAUCUGUCAUCCACCUUCUUCGACCUCUAUCCCGCAUCCAACGACACCUCCGCAAACACCCUAAGCAACACCCUCUUCCGCGACCUCUCCCGCACCUCGACCUGGAACUGGGCGAAAGACUGGACAGCCGGCGGCGCCGCCUCAAAUGUAUUCACAUACUACUUCACGCACGCGCCGCCGAACCAGACGGCGGGCGUGUACCACGGCGCCGAGCUGAACUACGUGAUGAACAACCUGCCGAACACGAAUGUAGUCGCGGACUGGAGCGCCGAGGACUACGCGGUUGAGGCCGUGAUGUCAGCGUACUGGGCCAAUUUCAUUAAGACGGGGGAUCCGAAUGGGGAGGGGUUGGUGGAGUGGCCGGCUAUGAGUAAUGCGACAAGGACUAUGUGGUUGGGUGAUAGUUGGGGCGCGGGGGAGAUUGCGGGUUCAGCGGAGAAGGUUGCGUUGUUGGAGGAGUGGUUUGCUGGAUUUGAAGAGUGGUGA